GAUUUAGGAUACAUUUAAACAAUUAAUUUCCCGUAAAGUGUAAUGAAAAAUAGUACAGUUUUAUAUAAUUUCAUUCGAUUAGAAUGACGAGUACAAAAUCACAUACAAAUUAUGAACGUUUUGGACAAUUUAAUGAACCGAUCGCAAGUACAAAUACGGAUUAUCAUGCAACGGAUUUUGAAGAAACACCAAAUGAAAGUGGUGUUAUGAUACAUGUGGUCGACACAAACAAAGCAAGAUGGAAUCACAUAGAAGAUUUAGAUUCAUUCUUUUCGAGAAUGUAUUAUUAUCAUCAAAAACAUGGUUUUAUGUGUAUGAUGUUAGAAGAAGUCUUUGAAUUAGGACAAUUUAUAUUCGUUGUAUUCUUUUCAACAUUUUUAUUUCAUGGCGUUAAUUAUGCAAUUUUAUUUAAGAAUAAAGUAGUAAGCGAUUCAAAAGUAACAUUAGACGAUAUUAUUUUACCGUUUGACGAAUGUGUUGGUGAUUUUGGAGCAUUUACAUGGAUAUGUUUAAUUUUUGCAUUAUUAGUAUGGGCGUUACGUUCAAUCAAAGUUAUUUAUCAUGUUUUCCAAUUUUGGGAUAUUAAAUUAUUUUUUAAUACUGCAUUAAAAAUCGAUGAUAGUGAAUUGGAUAAUUUAACAUGGCACGAAGUACAAAAACGUGUCCGUGAAGUUCAAAAAGAACAACAAAUGUGUAUACAUAAACGUGAUUUAUCUGAAUUAGAUAUUUAUCAUCGAAUAUUACGAUUUAAAAAUUAUUUAAUUGCAAUGAUUAAUAAAAAUCUGUUACCAAUCAAAUUAAAUGUACCAUUUCUAAACACAGAAAUUGUUUUUAUUACACGCGGUUUACGUUAUAAUUUAGAAUUAUUAUUAUUUUGGGGUCCAUGGUCACCAUUUGAAAAUAAUUGGCAUUUAAAAGAAGAUUAUAAAAAAAUAGCUAAACGACAUGAAUUAGCAGAAGUAUUUGCAAAGCACAUAUUAUGGAUUGGUGUUGCAAAUUUAGUUCUGUGUCCAUUAAUAAUGGUUUGGCAAAUAUUAUAUUCAUUUUUUAAUAAUGCAGAAGUUAUAAAACGAGAACCAGGUAUUUUGGGUUCCUAUCGAUGGUCGUUAUAUGGUCGAUUAUAUUUACGACACUUUAACGAGUUAGAUCAUGAGUUAAAUGCUCGAUUAACAAGAGCAUACCGACCUGCUUCCAAGUAUAUGAAAAGUUUCAGUUCACCGUUAAUGACAAUUAUUGCUAGAAAUAUAGGUUUUAUCUGUGGUUCAAUUUUGGCUGUGUUAGUACUUUUAACAAUUUAUGAUGAAGAUGUAUUAAGUGUGGAACAUGUGAUCAUGUUAAUGACAGCCCUAGGGGCUAUUUUAGGCGCAUGUAGCUCAUUAAUUCCAGAUGAAAAUUUAGUACGAUGCCCUGAAACAUUAUUAAAAUCAGUGUUAGCACAUGUACAUUAUUUUCCUGAUCAUUGGCGUGGACAAGCGCAUACACAACGUGUUCGAUAUGAAUUUUCACAAUUAUUUCAAUAUAAAGCGUUGUAUCUUCUUGAAGAAUUAUUGUCUCCCGUUGUUACACCGUACAUUUUAAUAUUUAAAGUUCGAGCACGCGCACUAGAUAUUGUUGACUUUUAUCGUAAUUUUACUGUUGCUGUUAUUGGUGUCGGUGAUGUGUGUAGUUUUGCUCAAAUGGAUGUACGAAAACAUGGUCAUCCUGAUUGGCAAGCUGGAUCUCGUGGUGGAAAUGGUGAACACGUUGAGGCUGUGGAACCAAUUACAACCAAUCAGUACACACAAGCGGAAGAUGGAAAAACAGAAUUAUCAUUAAUACAUUUUACAUUAACAAAUCCUAAUUGGAAAAUGCCAUCUGGUGCUCAAAACUUUGUACAAACAUUAAAAAAGAAUGCUGUGCGUGAUUUAAAUACAAAUUGUCUGGUAGAUAAUCCAGUGUAUAACAGUCUAUUGUCGGUGUCCAGUUUAGGAGGUGGUUACCAAUGUUUGAUGCAAGGUUUAUUCAAUAGUACAAUGUUGAAUAAUACCAGUGUGCAUCCUAGUUCGGCGGGUGUUGGACCACAAAACAUGUACAAUAUUGGUACACAACAGUCACCAAACUUUGGUGAUAUUGGUGGUGGUGGUGGGGCUAUGUACAGUGGUACAACAAAUACUCAUGAUAACCAAGAAUUACCUGUGAUAACUGAUGUAAAUGCUGAUAGUCCAAGUAUUGUGAUGCGUGGUGGGAUUAAUCGUGCUGAAGGACCAUUAUUUUCAGAACGAGGACUAUUAUACAGUUUACAUCAAAAUGUAACAAAUGCUCCAAGUAUGGGAGCGUCUAUGUUUGGUGUUCAUGCUCCACAAUAUUUAGGAAUUGAACAACAACAAAUUGAAAAUCCAUAUUUAGAAUUUACAGCAGCUGAUAUGAGUUUAAGUACAAUGUAUCUACAUGAAUUACAUCAUAGACAAAUACGAAGACGUGGCGUCCAACCAGAUGUAACACAAAGAUCAUUAUGGCAACGACCUCAUCAACAAGGGGAUACACCAGCAAUAAUAAUACAAGGAAGUCAAUCAGUGAAUGUUGCCGAGAACACACCAUUAUUAAAUAAACAUAGAUGAGAACAAAUUAAUUUAAUUAUCUAGUCAUAGCGUAUACAGUGAUAAUUGUAUACUGGAAAAGUUUGGAAAAUUUUUAUGACAAUACCUGUAUAAAAAAAAAAAACAAA